CUUUACUUUUAUCACAUGCAUCGGUUUUGUAACAUGACUCCUGCCCCACCAUUUACGCCCGAUCGAACAAUAGGUACCUAAGCUUCCACUGUCCAAAUACUAAAUACUGCACGUACCUAUAAACCUCAUAGCAUUUACCUACAUGUAUGCAUUAUCACCAUGGAGCCUACUCCCACCAUCCAUAUUCCCCGUAGCUUUGCGGUCAUCUUCGUUCUUGGACCUCCUGGCGCUGGAAAAGGAACACUCUGUACUCAUCUAGCACAAACACACAACUUGACGCACUACUCUGUCGGCGAUAGCCUCCGUGAUUGGAUGCGCCAAAACCAUGCCACAUCACUUGGAAUCCGAAUCAAAGACAAGCUCGAUAAUCAGGGGUUUCUUACAUCGGAAGAUUUGAAUCCGUUUAUUUGCCAUGCGAUAAAAGACGCCAUAUACCAAGAUGAACCAAAGUCUCGAGGCAUUCUAGUCGAUGGAUUCCCGCGAUGUAUAGAGCAACUAGAAUCAUUUAACACGUGGCCGUUCCAGGACGAAUUGCCACUUUCUCCAAGAAGUGAUGGUCGGGUGAGAGUAAACGCAAAACCGGAUAUCGUGCUAUGUUUCCAAGUUACCAAGCAGAAUGCGGAAGCAAGAUAUCUAGCCCGAGGGCGAGAUAGCAAUGACAGUAAGGAAAAGUUCGAGAGGCGUUUCGUAGAAUAUGAGGCGGAGACUAUGGAAGUUGAGGAGGUGUAUCGACAACGUGGCAUCUUGAUCGACAUUGAUGCGAAUGGAACGAAGGAACAGAACGUUAAGGAGUUGACAAAGAAGCUUGAAGAAGGUGGGCUAUGGCAGAAAAUUAUUGUUGAAGAAAGUUCAACACGUUUUCUUGUGUAAGAGGCACAAGAAAUGGAAACAUCACUAGUUUAGUGUGUUAUUACCUCACUCCAGCCAAAAGUCUCUUUCUAGAGCACCUAUUCGCGAAUAUCAAGCGUACCUAUGAACCCAUAUUUAGAAAGACUAUA